AUGGAGAGACGUGAGCGGCCGGUGAGCCCGCCCAUCUGCUCGGUACCCGAGCCAGCUGGAGGUCCACCGGCGGGUGCACACGGGACAACGUCCUUUGACUGCUCCGACUGCGGCAAGACCUUUACCCAGUUGUCAGUGCUGCAGGGGCACUGGCGGGUGCACACGGGAGAACGCGCCUUUGACUGCACCGCCUGCGGCAAGACCUUUACACAUUCGUCGGGGCUGCGGGUGCACCGGCGGGUGCACACGGGAGAACGCCCCUUUGAAUGCUCCGACUGUGGAAAGAGCUUCAAGACGGCGCAGGAAUUGAAGAUACACCAGCGAGUGCACACGGGCGAGAAGCCGUAUUGCUGCUCCACCUGCGGGAAGAGCUUUACCCAGUUGUCAGGGCUGCAGAAGCACCAGAGCAUGCACACGGGCGAGAAGCCCUAUAGCUGCUCCACCUGCGGGAAGAGCUUCAAGUCGUGCAAGACCCUGAAGGUGCACAGGCGCCUGCACACAGGGGAGCGGCCCUACACCUGCAGCGACUGCGGCAAGGGCUUCACCCAGUCCAACAGCCUGCUGUCCCACCAGCGCACCCACACCGGGAAGCGGCCCUUCACCUGCAGCGACAGCGGCAAGGGCUUCGCCCAUUUCAGC